UUGAUUGCUAGAGGAACCUCAACUAAGGCAAAACGAAGUCUCAACUAUCAUGUCGAAUUAUAACCGUCAGGGGGAUUUCACAAUUACAAAAUCUUCUAAAGGAGGCGGUAGAAAUUACUACGAACAUGAUGAUCGCUCUCGAGAAGUACCAAGUGGGAACUGGCGAGGAGGAAGAGGAGGAGGAGGAGGAGGACGAGGAGGAGGAAGAGGUGGUGGUGGAAGUAGAGGAAGAGGAAACAGAGUUGAUUGGGAUCAACCGGAUUCAAAUGAUAACUUCAGAGGACAAGGUCGCAAUGACAACUAUGACAGAUACAGUGACAGAGAUGGUGGUUAUAGAGGAAGGGGAAGGGGUAGGGGUGGUGGGGAAGGGAGUGGUAACAGUGGAGGAGGAGGAGGAGGGGGAGGAGGAUCUGGAGGGAAAUGGAGAGGAAAUCGUGGAGGUGGUAGAAGAGAUAAAAGGAGAGGAGGAGGUCGUCGUGGCGGUGGCAGUGGAGGUAGCAGUAGAGGUGGAGGAGGAGGAAUGAAUGAUAGAGAUUCAGAACAGGUCAACCCAAGGUCAAGAUUAGAAGAUGAUGAUGUGUCGAUGGAAGAUGGAGAUAAUUCAAAGGCAAAUUCAAGAUUCAAUCCUUAUGGAAACCGGAAAUCUGGGCACAACCAAAGGAGACAACAGAACAAUGAUCGGAGAGGAGGUUCAGCGCAGAGCUCUAUGUCAAGACUAGGUCUACCCUUCAAGGAUGGCUCAAGGCAUAGUGGAAGGGAAGAUGAAACAUGGUGCAAGAUCAUUAUUCCAUAUGGGAAGAAAAGUGAGAAGGAAUGGCUCAUCAAAACUAUCCAAGGUGCCUGUAAAGAACCUUUUAUACCACAAGAGUUUUCAUAUGACAAUCAGACUGCUAUAUUCUAUGUGGAUGAUUUAGCAGCUGGUGAUGCAUUGAAAGAUGUUAGCAGUAGAAUAACAACACCAAGCGGACACAAGAUCAUAAUUCAGAGUCGGCCGUGCAGACCGCCCGUGAAAACUGUCUUUAAUGAUAAAGAUCUAGGACUGCUUAAACAAGUGAUGAGCAGACGCUACGACCCCUCCGCCAAGUCCCUAGAUCUCGGAAACCUGACAAAUGAUGCUGAUUUGAAAGGAAAGCUGUACAUGAUUGUAGAAAGACCUGCCCACUUUGCUGCAAUCCUCAAAAUAAUCACUGAAAACAUUCCAGAGAUGACAACGCUUCAACUUGAUGCCAACAAACUGUACAACCUGAAGAGCAUGUCGGAUUUACCGCUAAAGAUGCCCAACAUCACAACACUCAGUCUAGCACGUAACAAUCUGAGAUCUGAAGCAGAGCUGAACAACUUAAAGGGACUCAAGUUGAGGGAACUGACACUCGAUGGUAACCCUCUCUGUGAUAACUUCAGGGAACAGUCAACGUACAUCAGCGCUAUUCGGUCGAGAUUCCCUAAGGUUGAGAUCUUGGAUGCAAGUACACUACCCCCUCCCAUCAACUUUGACCUGGAAGAUACUGCUCCACUGCCCUCCAUCCUACCAAACUUCUUUGCUGGGGAUCAAAUCCAAGCAAUCCUUGUACCUUUCAUGGAAAAGUUCUUCAAAGUGUAUGAUUCCCGAGAUAGACAACCACUACUUGAAGUCUACCAUGAUCAGGGAAGCUUCUCAUUAUCUAUACCUUUGAACCUGGAGCCUGGCCAAGGGAAGACACGCCUCAGCCGCUACUUGAGAGAUCAUCAAAGCCGCAAUCUACUCAUCGCAAAGGACCCAGCUCAACGGAACAAGUUGAUAAAGCAGAAGAAAGUACCCAUCAUAGCCUACCUCCAUGACCUACCAGCCACUCAACAUGAUAUGAACUCCCUCAGGAUGGAUGUUUCUAUGGCACAGGGAAAUCUACUGUGUUUCACAGUCAGUGGUACUUUCAAAGAAGUUUCAGGCAAGUCCAAUGAUGAUGUAGUGAUAGCCUUCAGUAGGGUGUUUCUAGCUACACAUCAUCCUAAUACUGGCCUGUGUAUCAUCAACGAUCAACUCUGCCUUAGACCAGCUACAAGCCAGCAGAAGAGCUCAUUUGCUAGUCCUGGUCCCACACCAUCCACCAGCCCUGUCAAUGUUCCUACAUCAAUGCCUGCACCGAUGCAGGCACCACAGGGACUCAGCCCAGCACACCAGACGAUGCUAGCUGAGUUCAUGAGAGUGUCUGGGAUGAAUGCAGAUUGGUCUAUGAAAUGUCUAGUAGAGAAUAACUGGAACUAUGAAAAUUCAGGGAAGGUCUUCACUAGUCUAAAGAGCGAAGGGAAAAUUCCACCAGAAGCAUUCAAGCAAGCUUGAUGAAUACAGUCUUGUAAAAUAACCAAUGUUUGAAAUGUGAUCUGUUGUGUUUUUAACUUUUUAUGAUACUGUAGAAUGGUUGAAUUCCUGUGUUGACACGCCUCCAAACAUCAUUAAAUCAAAUAUUUAUGUGUGGAAGGGACAUAUGCCUUCACUAUUUAUCUGGAUAUGAUUUAUGUGUGAUUAUAUUUGAGCUUAGUCUGAUGUAAAAGCUGUGUUUAUUACUGAGCAGAUACUGAAAUUGGUAAAUUAUGUUACUUUUCAUGGCAUAUAGAACAAAUAUGAAAGGGAAAAAAAUAUGUUAAAUUUGUGAACUUUGAUGGAUGCAAUACCUGGGAUUAUAUCUCUUAUGAUACACAGUAAAAUCGAAAUGGACAAAGGCUGCGUGUCAGGAAGUAUUAGAACAGAAAAUGAAUACCUAUAAAUGCUAUUCAUACAGGCAUGUUUCAUACUUUUUAGGGUACUGUUUUUUAAUAUGAUUGUUUAUUUGUUGUUUGUUUACAUAACAUCAGUUAUGAAAUAUGUAAAAUUCAAAGGAUAUAUAUGAUCUCUCAAUUAUGUAUUGUUCUUAUAAAUGACUGGAGCAUAUGUAUUUUAAAUCUCAGGAAGGUAUAUUACAUUAAAGCAAAGGGUUUGAUUUUAAAUCUUAGGUUUAUUUACAAUCAAAAAUGAAAUAUUUGAUAUUCAAAUUGCAUCAGAUCACAUUUUGUUAAAGAAUAAUGAUUUAACCCCAAAAAACAUUUCAAAGUUUUAGUUUAGAUGAUUUUAGAUAUUCUAUGAUAUUUUGUGGCUUGAUGGCAAGUGCUUACCGGUAUAUGAUUUGAAAUGACAAUCUCAUGUAUAGGUUGUUUCAUUGUGUUUCUGUAUAUAGAAGAAAUCAAAGAGAACUACAAUUUUACAUCAAAUGUAUUAAGGUACAUGUAUAUCAAAAUCAAAGUUGCAGUUUGCAGACAUUUAUCAAAUUCAUUUUCAAUCACGAAUUGGUAGUGAUAUAAAGCAGCGUGAAUUAGCUAUAUAAUAGUGUUUUUGUCACUAGAAGACACGUGACAUGAACAAUUUUUUGUGCAGUUGCCAUGUAUGUUGUGAUUGACAAAUUUAAUAGAUAACUUUCCAGUUUCUUUUUCUAAUGUCAUUGAUUCAGCAUACUCUAAAAUACAACAAAAAUCAUGGUCCCCUAUCUUCUCUGAAACUUCCCCCCUUUUCCUUCCCCUCCUCAUGUUACUCAUCUUGUUUGUGGUGGAGUAAGAAAUUGAACGUUGCUUGACUGGAGGAACUGAUCAGUCUGAUGUUCAGAUUUGGUCUGGAGACAGCUUCUUUACAACAUCAAGCUAAAAUGCCUCUGAUGGAAAUACAGUCAAACCGGUACACAUUGUAGGAAAACCUCAAGAGAGGCAAUAAUUUGGUAUUUUUUGUCCAGGUCUUAUUCAUAUACAGAUUCAGUAGGCAGGUGGUCUUUUCUGUACAGGUUCCUAUGGUAGUAUCGUCUUUGAGAAACUGUGUACCGUAGUUGAAACGACAUGCGAUCUUGAUAUUCAGGUGGUCCCCCACACUGUUGUUGGCUAGCUAGAGCAGGUGAAAUUGAUAUAAAGUAUGAUGGCAUUGGAGGAAGCUUGCUAAGAUCCCUCAAUGUUGUAGGCAUUGCAUUGGUCAUGUGACUGUAAUGGAAAGCUGGAAGUCAACUCAUGUAGUUCUACUUUCACUUUGAAUACCUGCACAUAGAUAAUGCACCUGCUGUCACCUGAUCUUAUUUGGAGGUCCUCCAAGUCACAUGCUUUAUUCUGGUCAGUGUAUAUUGUAUUAAAUGUACCUCGCAGAUGACAUACAGAAGUGUUUUUUAUACAUUAGUUAUUGAGGUACUAUAUAAGCUUACUGUCGUAUACUAGGUUUUCACUGCUACCAUUGCAGAGAGCUUAGUGAGGUGGUGUAUUCCAUGUUUGGCACCUCACAUGUAUAGGGUUUAGAUUGAUGUGCUGUCUGAGAUAUGUUGUUUAAUCAAUACAUAGACAGUUAAGCUGAUUGUUUUUCAAUCAUUUCUUUUGAAAUUCAUCACUAUGAUGUUAGUACCUUUCUUGGCUCAAGUUUGCUUGUUUCUUCAAACAGCGUAUCAUGCUCUGACUGCACUAUACUUGUGCUAGUCACUUAGUAUGAUUCUAUGCUGGUAUUCAAGGCUGUCUUUAACGAAAGCUUAUUGAGACCAGCAUGAACUAUGAUGUUUAUUUCUUAGCUCUAUUCAUUUGAAUUCUCUGAGGGCACUUUCUAAUUCAGAGCUUUGUGCAAACUUCUUAUUUUCUGAUGAAGAGUUAAAUGGAACCCACUUCCAUUUGUGGUACCAAUCAUGUAUCAUGUAUCUCCAUUGGCAUAAACACAGUUGGAUCUUGUUUACUUCCAUUCUACAUGGUUGGUAAAUUGACCAGACUUAAUCUGCUGUAUAAAAAAAUUCAGGACCAGAUCGUGGAAAGUAACAUCAGGAUCUGUGAUUUGAUACCAGCCUCUAAAACACACCACUAUCAAUGCCUCCAAGCUAAGUCAAAGUGCUGUAUUACUAUGCACUAUUACAGUGACAAAGCUUUGCUGGAUCGAAUACACUUGUAUAUUUGUCCUGAUCUGCAUUUCUCAGUUAAGAACUAAUUCUGCAUUCCUCGUCUCAUUAAAAAAUUGCACUAUGGUUGUGCUUCCAAGUAUAUAUAUAUGGAGAAACGUGUCUAGAAGUUCAGACUACCAUAUCGUGCCUCUUCUCAUUUGCAUCUGGUCGUUUCAGGACACGAAGAGAAGUUUGCACAGUGAUAUACUUUUGAUUGGUAUAACUCUGCUAUCAGCCCAUGGAGGGGGCUUUAAUUGGUGCACUUCUUGGAAGGGGGGGGGGGGGUAUAUGUUCUACCUACCAAGGUGGUUCUAGUAGACUCGUUCAUACAUGCUGAACUGCUGCAUUUUAUUUUCUUGAUUUAACAAUGUAAGUGUAAUAUGCUUUACAUUUUUGUAUCUUAUAAUACAGAGUGCUGUGAAAGUGUGUGUUUGUUGUGCCCAGUUGCCAUUCAUUUACACAGUUAAAAAAUGUGGCAUAUUUUUGUGGCAGGUUACCAUCUCAUACCUGUAUGAGCCACAAAGGGAGUUUUCUCUGACUCUACUGGAGUGGGUUUUUAACUCUGUAACUUUGCCUGAUGGAAGAUUGUCAUCUG